CCUCGAUUCGACAUUCGAAUACUUCCUGAAAUUCUCGCUACAAUGGAUCCAUUCUCAGCAGAAGGCGGUAUGUUUCUUGACCCUAAUGACAUUCAAUGCCCCCUUUACCCCCUCCCUCAAGCUCUUCAUCCAUUCCCAGCAACCGCAACCGCAACCCAAUUGAUCAACAUCCACAAUGCCUUUCACCAAGGCCAAUACCCCGCCGUGAUCGACUUCGACCCCGCGGCCCUCUCCCCGGAGAACCAGCUCCCCGCCCGCAUCCUCCAGCUCCGCGCCCAGAUCGCGCUGGGCCAGUCCGCCGCCGUGCUGGCCGAGCUCGCCGGCGAGGACGACAGCAACCCGGACCUGGCUGCGGUGAAGGCCCUGGCGCAGCAGUCGGCCGGCGACCUCGAAUCGGCGCACACCCUCGCCCAGGACCUCGCCGAGAACUUUCCCGACAACGGCACCGUGCAGGUCCUGGCCGGCACGGUGCUGCAGGCCCAGGGUCACAGCGAGGAGGCGCUGGCGCUGUUGGCUAAGCAUCAGGGGAGUUUGGAGGCCGUCGCCUUAAUCGUGCAGAUCCACCUCCACCAGAACCGAUCCGAUCUCGCCCUGAAAGAAGUGCAGGCCGCCAAGCGCUGGGCGCAGGAUUCGCUGCUGGUCAACCUGGCGGAAUCGUGGGUGGGGUUGAGAGUCGGCGGCGAGAAAUACCAAGCGGCCUUCUACGUCUACGAGGAACUGGCCUCCGCGCCCGGCACCGCCGCCCCGCUGUCGAUCGUCGGCCAGGCCGUCGCCGAGCUGCACCUGGGGAGACUGCCCGAGGCGGAGGCGGCGCUGUCCACAGCGCUGGAGAAAUACCCCGACGAGGCGGAGGUGAUCGCCAAUGCGAUUGUGUUGAAUGUCCUCGCCGGCAAAUCGGCGGAGGAGUUGGAAGGACGUCUCCAGCAGACUCAUCCAUCGCAUCCUCUGUUGAGCGAUAUCCAGGAGAAGAGUGAUCUCUUUGACUCUGCGGCGGCUAAGUACGCCCCUAGGGUGUUGGCCUAAGUUGGCUAGGCGCUGCUGUGUUUUGACUUUGCAUUUGUCUCCUUUAAGUUUACAUUUAGUACUACCACCCUCUAGCGCAAAGUUGCUCUUUUCAUGAUGAAUCGAUACGAUGGCAUAGCUUUCGUAUUACCAG